AUGUCUCUUGAGACCAUCUACGUCGUCCGCCAUGGGUUUCGGUGUAGUUACUUCGUUGAUCCUGUUUCGGGAGUAGCCACAACGACGGUCCUGUCGCCCACUAAAAUCGCCGCAGACACGCCUUUGACAGCUCACGGCGUCGACCAAGCUCGGCAGUUAGGAGCUCACCUUAUGUCCCUUGAGCCCCCAAUCGAUGCCGUGUACUCCAGCCCUUACUACCGAUGUCUCCAGACUAUCUCACCAUAUAUCUCGCUUCGGAACGAGCAGGCGGCCAAGUCUCAGGAAGAGAGCGGAGCACUGCUUACUCCACUGGUGAUCCGUAGCGAAACAGGCCUAGGAGAAUUCUACGGGCAGGCUCACUUUGACCAACCAAAGCCCGCCCAGAUGUCUUUCUUGAAGACACUGUUUCCAGUGCUUGACGAUUCGUUCGAGUCCGGGGUCGUUGCGGAGAAGAAGGGAGAGAGUAUCGAGGGCCUGUAUGAUCGCGUUCGGUCAGCUGUUGAGAAGAUAAUCGAGCGGUGUGAUGCGGAAGGUGUCCGGUCCGUCAUUCUAUGCUCUCACGCUGCGGUGAUAAUAGCAUUAGGGAGGGUUCUUACUGGACAAAUCCCCGACAGGGUAGACGUUCAGGACUUUGAUACUUUUACUUGCGGAUUAAGCAUCUUCAAGCGGCCAACUACUCUUAGCUCUAAUUAUUCAUCAACUCUCGCGGAUCUGGAUGUUUCUGUACAGUCCCCAGACGGGGCUGACGACCAGGCUGCCGACACAGCCAAGCCUGUCCCCGUCACUUCGAGUACCACGGGCAGCACAGAUACGGCCCAAAAGCCAACAAGGCUUGUUGGAAAUUGGAUUUGUCAAGCAAACAGCGACUGCAGCUUCCUAAGUGGUGGGCCAGAACGGGGGUGGUACUUUACCGGCGACGAGGCCUUCAUCUUCGGUGAUCCAGUUCCCAGUGGAGACGCCGCGAGUGGUCUUCCAGACGAUAUAGCCGCCCUCCAUACCUCGCGAUUGUAA